GAGAGUGUCGCGGACAUUCUCCGGAUCUUCUCCACCUCCCUCUCUCACUCGGACUCUACAGUCCCACGAGUCAGUCAGCACCUCAUUCUCUCCUCAGCUAAGAGACAGAAUGCCACACGCUUACCCUUUCCUCACUCCUGAGCAGAAGAAGGAGCUCAGUGACAUUGCUCACAAGAUUGUUGCUCCUGGCAAGGGCAUCCUCGCUGCCGAUGAGUCCACAGGCAGCGUUGCCAAGCGCUUCCAGAGCAUCAAUGCUGAGAAUACCGAGGAGAACAGGAGGCUGUACAGGCAGCUCCUGUUCACUGCUGACGACCGUGUCAAGCCUUGCAUCGGCGGUGUGAUCUUCUUCCACGAGACUCUCUACCAGAAGGCCGAUGAUGGCAAGCUGUUCCCCCAGCUCAUCAAGGGUAAAGGCAUGGUGGUUGGAAUCAAGGUCGACAAGGGUGUGGUCCCCCUGGCCGGCACCAACGGAGAGACCACCACCCAGGGUCUGGAUGGGCUGUAUGAGCGUUGCGCUCAGUAUAAGAAGGACGGCGCUGACUUCGCUAAGUGGCGUUGCGUGCUGAAGAUCACCCCCACCACCCCCUCCCGCCUGGCCAUCAUCGAGAACGCCAACGUCCUGGCCAGAUAUGCCAGCAUCUGCCAGAUGCACGGCAUCGUCCCCAUUGUGGAGCCUGAGAUUCUCCCUGAUGGCGACCACGACCUGAAGCGCUGCCAGUACGUCACUGAGAAGGUUCUGGCUGCCGUCUACAAGGCCCUGUCCGACCACCACGUCUACCUGGAGGGCACCCUGCUGAAGCCCAACAUGGUGACAGCUGGACACUCCUGCUCACACAAGUACACUGCCCAGGAGAUCGCCAUGGCCACCGUCACUGCCCUGCGCCGCACAGUGCCUCCUGCAGUUCCCGGCAUCACCUUCCUCUCUGGAGGCCAGAGUGAGGAGGAGGCCUCUGUCAACCUGAGCGCAAUAAACCAGUGCCCUCUGCACAAGCCCUGGGCGCUCACCUUCUCCUACGGCCGUGCCCUGCAGGCCUCCGCUCUUAAGGCCUGGGGUGGCAAGAAGGAGAACGGCAAGGCCUGCCAGGAGGAGUACAUCAAGAGAGCCUUGACCAACAGCCAGGCUGCCCUUGGCAAAUACGUUCCCAGUGGGGCUGCAGGCGCAUCCGCUGGAGAGUCCCUGUUCGUGGCCAACCACGCCUACUAAACACAUACACUCCCACUUUCAUGUGCCACCGUGCCCCACCCCCACUGAAGCGUACCAGCUAGGCCCCGCCCACUCUCCUACUACUCCUCCCUGCUCCAGUUUUGUACUUGUGACGUCAUUUUGCUGUCUAGUGAGGGAGAGAGCAGUAUGGAAUGUCACCUUUUUUUUGGACACUGUAGUCCCUGCCAGAGAGAGAAGAUCCAGAAAUCAUCCGCCCCCAUUCCUGUCUCUCCUUCCCCCACGUCUCCAAGCACUUCUAAGGUGUGGAAAGCCUUUUUCCUUUGUUAAUGUAAUUACAUGAUUCCAUAAUUGAGCCUUAUUCUCUUGCCUAUAACAGCUAAUGCAGGAAGAUAUUGAGCUUAUUGUAAACACUGGAAAUAGAGAAAUAAAUUAUCUUAUCCACCAUGUA